AUGCCUUUAUUUCAGCCUGCCGACGUCAACGCACACGUGCUUUCUCAAUUCUCACUUAAAGGCAAGAUUGCAGCCGUGACUGGAGGUGCAAAGGGUAUCGGUCUGGAAGUCGUGCGCGGCUUGGCCGAGGCCGGAGCUGAUGUCGCGAUAAUUUACGCCACCAGUAGCAACGCCGCGGAAGUUGGUGACAAGAUCGCAGCAGAGAAUAAUGUGAAGGUUAGGGUGUACCAAAGCGAUGUACGCUCUCGGGCCGCCAUUGCAGCAACGGUCGCUCAAAUCGUUGCUGAUUUUGGCCGACUUGAUAUCAUGGUUGCCAACUCUGGCGUUUGUGCAGAUAUUCCAAAUCUUGAGUACACGGAGGAGACAUGGCAGGCCAACAACAGUGUCAAUUUCGACGGGGUGAUGUGGACAGCACAAGCCGCAGGGAAAGUGUUCAAGGAACAGGGGAGAGGGAACCUGAUCAUCACAGCAAGCGUCAGCGCCACUCUUGUCAAUGUUCCUCAAAGACAAGCCGCAUAUAACUCAUCCAAGGCUGCUGCUGUGCAUCUAGCCAAGAGUCUGGCAGUUGAAUGGGUGGACUUUGCGAGGGUCAACUGCGUCUCCCCAGGGUUCAUCGAGACGGAAAUGCUUUUCGUUCAACCAAAAGAGCGUUUCGACAAAUGGAUGGAUAUGAUUCCAGGAAAGCGCAUGGCAAAGGCUGCCGAGCUCAAGAGUGCAAGUUCCUCCCCAUGA